ACUAGGGCUAGGUUAGGGUUAGGGUUAGGGCAUCCUAUAAUAUAAAAUGCGUGCGAUCUUUUUCUGCGAUUCUCUUCGCGGACAAAUAAUAAAAGACCCACCUCUUCUUCUCGGGAGGCGAUAGGUAAAUUUGUCUGUUCUUAAACACGCCACAAUGUCAGACGGUCAUGAGACUGAUAAGAACAUUGAGAUUUGGAAAAUAAAAAAGCUUAUCAAAGCACUGGAAGCUGCUCGAGGUAAUGGCACAAGCAUGAUUUCGCUUAUCAUGCCUCCACGUGAUCAGAUUUCUCGUGUCACUAAGAUGCUUGGAGAUGAGUUUGGAACUGCGUCAAACAUUAAGAGCAGGGUCAAUCGUCAAUCUGUGCUUGGUGCUAUUACAUCUGCUCAGCAAAGGCUCAAACUUUACAACAAAGUUCCUCCCAAUGGGCUUGUGCUUUACACUGGGACAAUUGUGACUGAAGAUGGGAAGGAAAAGAAAGUGACAAUUGACUUUGAGCCUUUCAGGCCCAUAAAUGCGUCUCUUUAUCUCUGUGACAACAAAUUUCAUACAGAAGCUCUGAGCGAACUCUUGGAAUCUGAUGACAAGUUCGGCUUUAUUGUCAUGGAUGGGAAUGGGACUCUUUUCGGGACACUGAGUGGCAACACUAGAGAAGUGCUGCAUAAAUUCACUGUUGACCUUCCGAAGAAACAUGGGAGAGGAGGGCAAUCUGCUCUUCGAUUUGCUCGACUUCGAAUGGAGAAGCGCCACAACUAUGUGAGGAAGACAGCAGAACUAGCCACACAGUUCUAUAUCAAUCCUGCCACCAGCCAGCCUAAUGUUUCGGGAUUGAUACUUGCUGGAUCAGCUGACUUCAAGACUGAGCUUAGUCAAUCCGAUAUGUUUGAUCCUCGACUUCAGGCUAAAAUUCUGAACGUGGUUGAUGUUUCAUAUGGAGGGGAAAAUGGUUUUAAUCAGGCAAUUGAACUGUCAGCGGAAAUCCUUUCCAAUGUGAAAUUUAUACAGGAGAAGCGCUUGAUUGGCAAGUACUUUGAAGAGAUAAGUCAGGAUACAGGAAAAUAUGUUUUUGGUGUUGAUGACACACUGAAGGCUUUGGAGAUGGGUGCUGUUGAAACUCUAAUUGUGUGGGAAAGUUUGGAUAUUAAUAGGUACCAGUUGAAAAACUCUGCCACUGGUGAGAUUGUCAUAAAACAUUUGAAUAAGGAGCAGGAAACCAACCAGGACAACUUUAGGGAUGCAGAAACCAAAGCUGAACUGGAAGUUCAAGAUAAAAUGCCACUGCUGGAGUGGUUUGCAAAUGAGUACAAGCGGUUUGGUUGCACUCUAGAGUUUGUUACUAACAAAUCACAAGAAGGAUCCCAGUUCUGCAGAGGGUUUGGUGGGAUUGGUGGUAUCCUCCGUUACCAGCUUGAUAUGAGAACAUUUGAUGAUCUUUCUGAUGGAGAUGUUUAUGAUGAUUCUGAAUAACAAUCAGCCAACCCCACCCCAUUGCUGGUGCAGGAGAAUGGGGCUAAAGAGCCUGCACCAGCUGCGCUGCGCCGCUCUGGAAUUUGCCCAAUGCUCAGAAAACUUUGUCAAAGUUCUAAUCAAGCUACAUUUUAUCUGGAGUAUGAAAUAUGUUUUUGGCCUGGCCUGGAGUCUGAGAUGUAGCAGAGCCAACUUGGUUGAUGAGUGGAUGAGACUGCAGAUAUCUACACAGAACAUUAGCAUUAUCUAUGGUUGUGUUUUUAUGGAUAUACAUGUGCACUUUAAAGAUGUUUUAAGUGCGAUGGGUCUGCUUGUGUAAAUCGAGCUCCUGAUCGACAUCUUUCCCUCAUUUAAAAUCCUUGGAAAUUCCUUCUCAGCCCCCUUCAUCCAGAGGAAAAUACGAAAGUAGGUUUCCAUCUGGGGUUGCGAGCACUUGCUAGAAGCUGCAGAAUCUGCCGCAUCCCAACAAGUGCUGUCCUUUUCUGAGUUAAAUAAAUAGGCAAGGAAUUCUAUGGGAAAUAGUUGCCUGACCGUGAAGAGCACUUUUGUGCCCAUUAUGAGAGGACAGCUUAUCCUCCAUGGAUGCCGUUGGCAAAUCUAGUUAUUCAUUAUGGGUGUGAAAGGACUAGCAUUCUUCUCUUUCACGCGGGUCAAAAGUACCGAGCAAGGUCCAGAAGCAAAAACAAAAAGGCAAUGUAAAAGAGCCAACAGAUUCAACUCAGAUGUCAAUGUUACUCCUAUAGCUUGGCUAGAGUGUGCUGUGGUCAGCGUACUUUUCUUGUAUUUUGGUUAUGGCAGCCCGUAAGUUCACUUGUUUCCGACCUCUUAGUGGAGGAAAGGGACAUGAAAUACAAGAAAAUUCUUUUUUUGUGUAA